AAAACGUGCGAGCGGCAGAAGCUGCUGAGGAUAGAGUGCCUGGCCCACUGAGGCCACGCACACCCUGCUCGACGCCCGGAGCCUAGCACAGCCGCUGCCGGAAAGCGCGCGUGGCCCGAGCCCCAUGGAGCGCGGUCGUCCCGCCAGAAGCGCCGAGCCCGCCGCACCCCGCGACCUGAGCCCCGGGCGCACCCCAGGGCAGGGGGGCCCCGGCGGCGUGGCGACGCGCUCCGGGAGUGGCCGGCCGGCUGCUGCGAACGCUGCGCGGGAGCGAAGCCGGGUGCAGACCCUGCGGCACGCCUUCCUGGAGCUGCAGCGCACACUGCCUUCCGUACCCCCCGACACCAAGCUGUCCAAGCUGGACGUGCUGCUGCUGGCCACCACCUACAUCGCGCACCUCACCCGCAGCCUGCAGGACGCCGACGCGCCCGCGGACCCAGGCCUGGGCGCCCUGCGAGGCGAUGGCUACCUGCACCCGGUUAAGAAAUGGCCCAUGAGAUCCAGAUUAUACAUCGGUGCUACUGGUCAGUUUUUGAAGCACUCUGUCUCUGGAGAAAAAGCAAAUCAAAGCCACGCUACAACAGACUCACAGUCUUAG